AUGGAGAACGUUUUGAAGGACACGAGUUUUUGGUCGUUGAACGAUUCCUGGGCGAAUUCGAGCCGGGGAAAUGAAACGGGAGUGGGAAAUUACACUGUAAACCCCUUAAAACGGAAUGAGGAGGUAGCUAAAGUUGAGGUGACUGUGCUCGUUUUGAUCCUGCUCUUCGCGCUGGCUGGCAACAUUUGCGUCCUUCUGGCCAUUCAGACGAGCAAACACGGACAGUCUCGGAUGUAUUACUUCAUGAAACACUUAAGCAUCGCUGACCUUGUGGUGGCAGUCUUUCAGGUGUUACCUCAACUCAUCUGGGAUAUAACGUUUCGGUUUUAUGGACCGGAUUUCCUCUGUCGGUUAGUAAAAUAUCUUCAAGUGGUCGGAAUGUUUGCCUCAACUUAUAUGCUUGUUUUGAUGUCCAUUGACAGAUGCCUCGCUAUAUGUCAGCCUCUUCGUUCUUUGCGUCGUAAGGACCGAUUUUAUGUGAUUGCCUCGUGGAUGCUAAGCCUCCUCUUCAGCGUGCCGCAGGUCCACAUCUUCUCUCUAAAAGAGGUAGGCAACGGAGUUUACGACUGCUGGGGAGAUUUCGUCCAGCCUUGGGGUGCCAAGGCCUAUGUGACAUGGAUCAGUCUGACGAUCUAUAUAAUCCCGGUUACGAUUUUAAGCGUUUGCUAUGGGUUGAUAAGUUACAAAAUAUGGCAAAACUUCAAGCUUAAGACCAGACGGGACCAGUGCAUAUCGCUUACACCUAGACCAGCCAAAGGCACUGCGCUCUCUCGCGUGAGCAGCGUGAAGCUGAUCUCCAAGGCGAAGAUCAGGACGGUGAAAAUGACAUUUGUCAUAGUUGUAGCCUACAUCAUCUGUUGGACGCCGUUUUUCUUCGUCCAGAUGUGGUCAGCUUGGGAUCCAAAAGCACCAAGAGAAGCAAUGGCCUUUAUCAUAGCCAUGCUGUUGGCUAGCCUGAACAGCUGCUGUAACCCCUGGAUCUACAUGUUCUUUGCUGGUCACCUGUUCCGCGACCUCAUGAGGACCUGUUUGGCGAGCUUGCGCUGCGGGUGUGACCAGGAGCCGAACCGCAAGAGCCCCCCCGCUGCCUACGCCAUGAAGAGCACCAGCAGUCAAAGGAGCCUCAGCCAAACCUCCAGCACGUAG